CCUGAGUACUAUGAGCUGGAUGCUGCGCAUGGCACGUGGCCUGCUAGCGGGUUCUGCAGAGUGCUCAUGCCAAAAAGUCUUCAUACUAAAGAGUACAGUGUGUCUGUUGACUUGUAUAACGUGAUUGGCUGGAAAGGCGUUAACUCUGGGCACUUGGGUCUCAUGUAUAACGCCAAAGACAUUGACAACUUUGAAUUCGUGUAUUUCAGACCCCAUUGGGUGGCCGGUUGCUACCAGACCGGAUAUGUGAAGAAUGGGGUUCCUGUGUUUGACAAUCUCGCAGUUAACCGCCCGUGUGUUAAUGGACCACCAAAAGGACAGACUUGGUUCACUGCAAAGGUCAGUGUUAAAGGAGCAUCGGUAAAAAUCUACAGAGAUAAUGUAUAUCUCAGCUCAGUCCCUACGCGCUUCACUCCCACACCAAAAGGUGGUGUCAUUGUCGCCAAUGGUUACCAGAACGUCAUCCACUACAGAGACUUCAGACUCCGCCCACUCAACAAGCCAAUACCGUUCCUUACCACUUAG